AUGUGUUGGAAAAUCAAUGAUAUGUGGAGACAAGGAAAGCAGGCAAAGUGGAUUGUUGAUGGCGUUGAACAGGAUUUUCUUCCAGAUGGGAGAAGAGCUGAAGACAUUCCCGAUAUUCACAUUCGAGAAGAAGGUAAUACAGACGAAGAAAGAGAGUCAGAACAUUCAAAUGAAGAAGAUAUCGAUGAAGAAAGUUCCAAUGAAGACGAUUUCGAAGAAGAAAGCUCUUAUGAAGAAGGUUUGUAUGAAGAAAGUUCCAAUUAA